AUGGAUGGUGGUCGUCCUAUACCAGAAGAUGUCGUAGUUGAUAUUCUAUUGAGAUUGCCCGUGGAAUCACUCUUGCGUUUCAAAUGUGUACACAAGAGCUGCAACAAUUGUGCCGGUCUCCUUGUUUGCAACAUGAAAUUAGUUACUGAAUUACACCCCAUCGUAAGGUAUGUUGUAUUCUCCUUGCUCCCUGAAGAAAUUGCUCCUGGUGUGACCCCUGAACAAAAAACUCUCCUUCAGCUUCCGAGGGUGGCUGAUUUCUCGUGUGUUGCUGGUCCAGUUGACGAUUUAUUCUUAGUGCAGAAGUUGUUUUAUGGAGAAGAUGUCUGCUUGGGUCUGUGGAAUCCUGCCACCAGAGAGUUCAGGUCUCUUUCUCCUGCGCCUUUUGAGAUCGAGUCCUUUUUCUCGCACCAUAAUCAGCAGUACGGAUUGGGAUUUGACCUGUUGACUCUAGAUUACAAGGUUGUAUGGCUUCGAGGGCUCUGGGAUGAUCUUGGACUAGGUGAUUAUAAUCGCGUCUAUGUCUGUGUCUAUUCCUUAUGCAACAAUUCAUGGAAACACCUUACUCUUGAAUUCCCUCCCGGUUUUUUCUUAUAUGCACCUCUUGAUGCUUACUUAUCUCAACGGGGUUUAUUAUUGGCUUUCUAG